AUGGGAUGUUUUGUGCAUGCAACAGCUGCAGAACUCUCCUCCAUCAAAGCCAACCUGACGGAGCGUCUCCAGGUCAGUGGAGACAAGCUGUUCUCAGUGUCUGCAGAGAGAGACCAGCUGAAGGACAACUUCACUGCACUGACCCAGGAGAAGGACAGACUUCAGCUGCUGUUGAAACAGAGUAAAACGUAUCCUGAGGGCUGGAAGAUGCUCAGUGGUUCCUCUUAUCUUUUCUCUACACGGGCUGAUUCCUGGACUAAUGCCAGAACAGACUGCAGAGACCAAGGAGCAGAUCUGGUGAUCAUAGACUCUCCUCAAGAGCAGAAAUUAAUCUCAGACAUCGUCAAAAGUCAUACUUGGAUUGGUUUGAGUGACACAGAGAUCGAGGGCACCUGGAAAUGGGUUAAUGGAACUCCACUGACUGCGACUGAAGCGUAUUGGGGCGCUAAACCUGGUUCAGUUCAACCUGAUGACGCUGGAGGUAACGAGGAUUGUGUUGAAAUGGUUGUCAGCUGGAACUCAAAAAGAAACUGGAACGAUAGAGACUGUGCUUUCCCUCUGAAAUGGAUCUGUGAAAAACUGGUUUAAUGUUUCAAGUUUCAAAGGUUCAAUAAUCAUUUAUUGUUACUAUGCAACCCAGGGAAGACAUUUUAGCCCAUUUGUAACAGAAAGAAAAGAAAAUACACUUAUUUAAUCUGCAUUAUAAACAAUGUAAGCAACAAAAACAAUUAUCUGAUGUAAUAUGGCCGACAUCUUCACAUUAAAACACUGAGUCCUGCUCUCUGUCCCGAUGUCCACCCGUCAAGUAUUACAUCCAUGAAUGUUAUUAUGAUCCUGAUAAC